ACCACUUAAUGGGACGUUACCAUGACAGGACAAAGUAUGAGCGGGCAUAAAAGAGGGAGAGGGGAUGAAAACGUCUCAGUCAUUGUCAGGAGUCGACACAGACGAAUCAGCAAGGCUGCAGCACUGAACAGAACAAUGAAGUUGUUGGUCUUGGCCUUAACCAUCGCCCUGCUGUUUACAGCUGGUGAAGCUCUGAACUGCCACCGGUGUGUCUCUAAAACGGCUGGAGGAACCUGUGAGCUCAGUGUGGAGGCAUGUAAACCAGGGAAGGAUGCCUGCGCCGCUGUGAGAUUCCUCAGAGCACCAAAUGGCCAGUACCAGAAAUGCAUGGCUCUGGAAGACUGCGAAUUGCUGAAGCUGAACGCCUACAUCGAUGUCAACUGCUGUACCGGAGACAUGUGCAACACCUUUUAAUAUCACAAUGUAUCGGAGCAUCUUUGAGCACGGCACUUAAACCCAAUGACUCCCGCCGACUGCUGCAAGGGGCUUCCAGGUGUGAAUACAUGCAUGAGUUCAAAGAAGCCACAGUACCUUUUAUAAAAUCUGCUCCGUCAAUCUUUUCCCAUGAUAAAUAAAAAAAUGUUUCCACAAAAAGAAA